ACGAUUAAUCAAUUAAAUAUUAAUUUUAAUUUUAUUUAUGUGCCCUCAAAUUUUUUUUCCACCAAUCAAUCAUUCAUUCAUUCAGAGAUCGCGCUCUCGCUCUUUCUCUCUCUCACUCCUCAUUCUCUCUCUUUCUCUCUCUUCUUGCACCUCGAAGCUUCUUCUCUGGAAGUCAGCUCAGAACCUCCUCACUCCUCAGUGACAGAACUAAACAGAGAGGGUACCCUUGUGCUGCUGAUGGCUACUAAUGAAAAUCUUCCGCCUAAUGUAAUAAAGCAACUUGCCAAGGAGUUGAAGAAUCUUGAUGAAACCCCCCCUGAGGGCAUUAAAGUUGUGGUGAAUGAUGAUGAUUUCUCAACUAUAUAUGCUGACAUAGAUGGCCCAGCUGGGACUCCUUAUGAGAAUGGAGUUUUCCGCAUGAAGUUGCUACUGUCCCGUGAUUUCCCACAUUCACCUCCUAAAGGAUAUUUUUUGACCAAGAUUUUUCAUCCAAAUGUUGCAAACAAUGGGGAGAUUUGUGUCAACACACUUAAAAAGGAUUGGAAUCCUAGCCUUGGAUUACGGCAUGUUCUUAUUGUUGUUAGGUGUCUAUUGAUUGAACCGUUUCCGGAGUCAGCUUUAAAUGAACUGGCUGGUAAACUACUGCUUGAAGAUUACGAGGAGUAUGCCAGACAUGCCAGAAUUUACACUGGCAUUCAUGCAAAACCAAAGGCCAAGUUCAAAAGUGGAGCUAUAAGCGAAUCAACUACUGCUCUGAAUGUUGAUCAGACGAACACCUCAGUGCUUAAUGCUGAUAUCAAAACCAUGCCGUCAAGUGCCGCUUUGCCACCAUUGUCGUCAAGUGCCGCUUUGCCACCAUUGUCGCUGCCCUCGACCACUGCAGCAAGAGGUGCUAGUCAGGAUCAGGCAGUAGGUAUUCUGACUGAGUCUUCUGCUAAUCGUUCUACUGCUGCUGCCGUAGUUUCUGCUGCUCAUGCGCCACAGAAGAAGGAAGUUGGAACUGCCAAAGCUCAGGCAGACAAGAAGAAGCUAGAUGCAAGAAAGAAAAGUUUGAAAAGAUUAUGAUGAAGUUGUUUAAUAAUCAAACUUUUUUUUUCCUUUGUCUUUAGUUUUUUUAUUUGAUAGAAAGAAAGAAAGAGGAGAGGGAAGAGGAAAUGGAUUCAAAAUUUGGUUUAUGCAUGUGUACUAUUGAAAUGGGUGAAAUUGUGUACUAUCGAUAAUUUUUAGGAAAACAAGACUCACCCUUAUUUCUAUUA